AUGAGGGACUCGGAUGGCCGGGUUGAGGUCGAUACCGAGGUAACUGCAAUCGAGAGCUUUACAGCCUCUCUGACAUCGUCUGUUUAUGACUUUCGAAACGAGAAUGGAAGGCGUUAUCAUGCAUAUCGCGAUGGCCACUACCUGAUGCCCAAUGAUGAAGAUGAAAAAGAGAGGUUGGAUAUAAUGCAUGCAAUGAUGCUGGAGAUGAUGGAUGGCAAACUAUUUCUGGCGCCCAUUUCAGAAACGCCACGACACGUUCUCGACCUUGGAACAGGGACAGGGCUUUGGGCUAUCGAUUUCGGUGAUAAAUUUCCUCAGGCAGAGAUCAUAGGCAAUGACCUCAGUCCGAUGCAACCCGAACACGUCCCUCCCAAGGUGACCUUCAUCAUUGACGAUUUCGAGGAUGAAUGGGUAUAUGAAGGUCGUCAAUUCGACUUUAUUCACGCUCGUUAUCUUGCUGGAUCCGUGAGAAAUUUCCCUAGACUCUUGGAACAAUGCUAUAACAAUACCGCGCCUGGAGGCUGGGUGGAGUUUCAGGACUGGAAUGCCAGUAUCUACUCCGAAGAUGAAUCAUUGGAAGGCUCGUCUAUCAAACUAUAUUACGAUAUCAUCAACGCAGCAUAUGCCAAGGCCGGGUAUACAAUCAACCCCGGACCAAAUCUGGAGCGCUGGUUCCGUGAAGCUGGAUUUAUCGAUGUUCGCGUUCGAAAGUACCUCCUUCCUAUGGGAACCUGGCCAAAGGAUGAACGUCUUAAAGUACUCGGAGCUUGGAACCUCUUGGAAGCAGACAGCGGUUUCGAAGCAGGUGCAAUGGCAAUCUUGACGAGAAACGAGGGCUGGGGAAGGGAUGAGGUGAAAAUCCUAGCACAAAAGGCCAGAAAUGACAUAAGGAAUCAUAAUAUCCAUUCCAUGUUCGAUUUUUACGUCGUCUGUGGGAGAAAGCCAGAAUGA